AUGGCUGUAAAUGGAAGUGAAUUAAAUACAUCAACCCAUCUGGAUCAUCUUCGAUCGUUGUAUAUGAAGUUUGAACUGGCAGAGGGCAUUUGCCUUUCGAUAUUAUCUGUUUUAACGGUUUCUGCCAACAUCUUGCUGUUAAUGACCAUAUGGAAAGACCCAGAGAAAAAUUUUCGAUCGCCUACAAUCUAUUUCAUAAUUGGUCUUGGAAUAGCUGACCUCGUGACGGGUGCAACAACAGAACCCUUUUUCGCGCUCUUUUACAUCACGCGUUUCUUUCGUGGAAGCCAAAGUGUUCCUGGACCAGUUUCUCGCCUGUACAACGUGGGAGUUCCCAUUUCAACUGUAACCAUAAGCUCGUCAUAUUUGAUAAUCUUGUUCUUGUCCUUGUCGCAAUACAUUGCCAUUAAGUGGCCUCAUAAGUACAAACUUUUGGUAACAAGAAACCGCGUUAUCGGGAGCGUCUUACUCAGCUGGCUCUACUUCAUCUGUUUCACGCUGGUGUUGCAAUUCUCAAGAAUCGAUACAACUCUAUUCCUGAAAGUAGACUUGGCGAUACAUCCCGUUUUAAUUUCGUCCGUUUUAUUUCUAACUCUUAUUUUACUUUACAGGGCAUUUAAAGGACAGGUACAGCAAAAAGGCUCGAAUAAACCUUUUUCAGAGUUAAAAAAAGGAACAAAAGAAAGGGCGCAUAAUCUCCAGCGACAGUUUACAAUCGUAACGUUUUAUUUGGCUGCCAUUUUGUUGAUCUCAGCGCUUCCACACAUUGCAAUUCAGUUCGUUUGGCUUUACUCGAACCUCUCCCUGGAAGGAACCUAUCACAUUUUUAUGGCUUUGAGAGUAAGAGAUUUACUGCUCUUUUUCAAAGUGGCACUCGAUGCUUUUAUUUAUGCAUGGCGAUUGCCAGCUUACAGGCAGUCGCUGAAGAAAUCGGUGAAUUAUUCAAACAAAACGAAAUCUACGAAAUCAUCACUAGUAGAGGGGACACAGCUAUAA